AUGGCUUUGCAUAUGACAGCUGAAAUAUGCACUUGUGACAAGUUGGUUAACGUAUGCGAUGUGGACUGCUGCUGUGACACACAAUGCUCUGUAAAUCUCUUUAAAGAGUGCUCCAAAGUUUACAGAAACCAAAAAGACAAUAACAGCAACAAUAACGGCAACAAUAACCACAAAACCAACAAUAACUACAACAACAAUAAUAACCUUAACAACAACAUCAAUAAUAAUAAUAACAACAACAAUGACAGACAGCAGAUUAAUGGAUGUAGCAGACUUAAAGAAGUAAGAACCAACACGUCUGUCUCAUACCUCAGCGAAUUCAAAUUCGGCCUAUUCUGCGUUCAUAACGCUAACUACGGGGAUUUUUAUAAUCUCGAGAACCCUGUAGAAAUUUGCCAGAAGCAAACGAAUUUAGCGAUAGUAACUGAGAGUAAUAAUAAUAAUAAUAAUCAUAAUAAUAAUAAUGUCAAUAAUAAUUAUUAUGACAAUAAUUACGUUAAUAAUUAUGGUGAUUAUUAUGAUGGGGACGGUUACGAUAUGAAAAUGUUUUAUGAUAUAUUACUAAACAACGCCAUUAACAACAACAACAACAACAACACAACAACAACAACACUAACUCAUUCAGUAUUCGGUCAAGUUCAGCAUUCCUCAUGCGUAACGACAACGACGUCCCAGAGGACAUUGGCAACAACAUGUCAGCAACACACCAGUCUAGAUGCGCUAUAUCAUUUCAAAUAUUUCGAAGUUUUUAAGGUACCACAUAUAAAUUCGACAGGUCGAGUUGCAUUAGUACCAGAGGAAGUCAUCUGCCUUGAUGCGAGCGACAAACGAGUUGUCUGCCCGUUCAACCAUACAAACAUACCAUCUCCAAAAUUUUUUAUUGGUGCCGGUUUGACGAUGUGCAGUUGUGCUGUUGUGUCGAUUCUUCCGGAUGAUAGCAAAGAUACUAAAAGUCUGGAGCCGAAAAAUUUGAGCUACGCGUACAAUGAUGGAAUCUACGCCGGCUAUGCUACGAUGCAAAAUAGCAGCACAGGAAAAAUUAUCUAUCAAGUAAACGCCAGCAAAGAUUCGAACAACGGUUUCAACAUAAUGACAUCACUAUCAAGAUCGUCUGGUCUAUGUGGCGGUGCUGAUAACGAUCAUGGUAGUGGUGCUGCUGCUGCUGCUGAUGGUGAUGAUGAUGGAGAUGGUGAUGGGCGGGUUCCUAUUCGGUUCGGGGUCAAUUUGCUGGGAGGCUGUUUUGUGCCUUUCACACCGGAGAACAUCUCAAAAACUUGCGUUGACGUCAGCAACAAGCUUCUCUAUGAUUGGCUGGCAGGCCCCAGCUUACCCGAAUAUGUAGCCUCGUCAGCCAAUGAGGUGCGAGAUAAUUUGACCUCGUUAAACGGCUGGGUAAAGGUCAAGGAUAAUCGAGCCUCAUUGCCAAAGGUUGUUAGUAAUGGAAUGAACGGCUGUAAGAAUAUGAUAGUAGGCCUACAUGUGCAAGUCACGUACAAGAGGUUCGGGUACAUCGAUGACUGGGCUCACAAGAUUACUAAUGUUUACUACGAAUACCUUACCGGGCCCGAGUUUGUUUACAAUUGUCCAACUAACAGCAAGAACUCUACUACUACUACUAUUACUACUACCACUACUACUACCGGAUCGAAAUGUCAAAACGAAACUCGGAAAUUCCAGAUCUCGACGAUGACGGUUAGUAAAGAUUUUGAAGGAGAACAUAACGAUAAUGGCGGAGAAAAAGUACAUGAUGAUGAUGAAGAUGAAGAUGAUGAGGGUGAUGAUGAAGAAGAAGAUGAUGAUGAGGAUGAUGAAGAAGAAGCAGAUGAGGAUGAUGAAGAAGAAGCAGAUGAGGAUGAUGAAGAAGAGGAAGUAGAUGAGGAUGAUGAAGAAGAAGAAGAUGAUGAUGAAGAAGAAGAAGAUGAUGAUGACGAAGAAGAAGAAGAUGAUGAUGACGAAGAAGAAGAAGAAGAAGUAGAUGAGGAUGGUAAACACACUGCUGCUGAUGAAGAUGAUGAUGAAGAAGACGGAAAAGAUGAUGAUGAAGAAGACGAAGAUGAUGAUGAUGAAGAUGAUGAAGAAGACGAAGAUGAUGAUGAUGAAGAUGAUGCUGGGCCACAGUAUCCUAUCAUGUGGGAUGAGUUCAAGAAAACAAGCAAGUCAUUGGCAUUCAGCCCCGAAUGA